AUGGCGGAGCCAUCAAGAACGUCGUAUUCGUUGACAUUGGUCCCUCAGGAGGGAUUCAUGUCUGCGUCACUUGUCACUCCUGCUUCUCCGCCAUUCGACCGGAUAGAUGCGGACUUUAUAUUGCGCACCGCGGACAAUGUCGACUUCCGCGUCCACAAGCUCACGAUGCGCAUGGCGUCCGAGAUAUUCGAGGAAAUGUUUAGUCUUGGGUAUGCCGCUACAUCCGACGACGACGCAGAUGGCAUCCCUGUCGUGCGGGUCACCGAACAUUCUCAAAUCAUAGAUGCGCUACUCCGGAUUAUAUACCCAACCCAGGACCCCGUGCUAGAUACCCCUACGACUGCAUGCGAAGUAAUGCGCGCAUCACUCAAGUACGAGAUCGAGGUGGCCAUGUCAUUUGCGAAGAAGGCGCUCCUGGACCCCAAGGUGGCAAGCAAGGACCCGCUCACGGUCUACGCCGCCGCAUGCCAGAUGCGGAUGCCUAACCUCGCCCUCGAGGCGGCCAAGCUCAGCCUCCGCCACGAACAGAUAUUCCUCACUGCGACCGCACCAGCAGGGCUGGACAGCCUUCCUGCCACAAUCCUCUUUGCGCUCAUGCAGUAUCGCGAAAAGUGCAAGGCCAUCGUUCAGCGCUUCGUACAGGACGAUCGGGUCUGGAAGGGCUGGCGCGAAUUCCGGUACUUCCUCUGCGAGAUCUGUGACCCGCGACCCAUUAAUGACGACGGACUUCCUCGCGAAGGCGCGGUCAUACUCAACGUCGAGCAUCUCCGGGUCGUGCUCCGCGACCUGCUGCGUAGCAUGCCUGGACCUGUGCCGGACAUCAGCGAAGUCAUGCUCUCGUCGAUGCUGCUCAUGGCUGGUUCACGCGAGAUCACGAAGUGCGAGUCGUGCCGCAUGUCUAUCGUUAGAGAUGUGCGCGAAUUCCACGCGGAGAUCUUGUCAGAGGUUCAGCGCUCUGUGUCAAUGAUCAAGCUCGAGCUUGUUUUGUAG